UGUGACGCGUGUUUGCAAAUGGCGGCGCCCAGCCGGUGAGACGCUCGCGGCCGCAGCCGGCCAUCGGCAUCAGCAGAAGAUGCUGACUGCCCUGCUGAGUAUUUCCAGCACUGUGUCUAUCUUUAACAAGAUAACUCAUUCUUGAACGACAAGCUGUUUCUAUGAAUGCUGUGGAAAAUAUAAGAAAAAACGGAGGAAUAAUGUCCCCAAAAGUGACAACAGAGCUGUUGAAGCAGCUGAGGCAGGUGAUGAAGCACCUGAGUGAACCCAUCCAAGCCCUGAUUGUGCCAUCUGGAGACAACCAUCAGAGUGAAUACAUUGCUUCAUGUGACUGUCGGCGCGAGUUUAUUUCUGGUUUUGAUGGCUCUGCAGGUACUGCAAUUGUAACAGAGGAGCAUGCAGCCAUGUGGACUGAUGGUCGGUACUUUCUUCAAGCUGCCCAGCAAAUGGACAAAAACUGGACCCUCAUGAAAUUGGGUUUAAAGAGCACACCCACCCAGGAGGAUUGGCUGAUAAAUGUAUUACCUGAAGGGUCAAAGGUUGGUGUGGAUCCUUUUAUUAUUGCAUUUGACCAGUGGAAAGUCUUGUCUAAAGCACUGAAGAAUGCAGGUCAUGAUCUUGUGCCUGUCAAAGCAAACCUUGUAGAUAUGAUAUGGAAGGACCAGCCAUGUCGGCCUUGCAAACCUUUGUUGGUUAUGGAUUUGAGUUACACUGGUAUGUCAUGGCAAGAGAAAAUUGUGCAACAGCGUGCAAAGAUGGCAGAGAGGAAGGCCAGCUGGCUGGUGAUCACAGCUCUCGAUGAAGUUGCAUGGCUGUUUAACCUCCGAGGCUCUGAUAUAAUAUACAAUCCGGUCUUCUUCGCCUUUGCUAUCAUUGGUAUAAACACCAUAAGACUCUUCAUUAAUGAGAAACACAUGGAAGAACCUGCUGUGCGAAGGCAUCUGCAGCUUGAUUCAAAUGCCACGCCUGAUUUCAGUGUACAAGUACUCCCCUAUGAAUCUGUUCUGAGCGAGCUACGGACUAUUUGUUCCAACUUGAAUUCUAAGGAGAAGGUCUGGAUCAGUAGCAAAGCCAGCCACGCUCUUUCAGAAACUAUCCCAAAGAUGCUGAGGCUGGAGACAGUUUAUACCCCAGUCUGCAUUGCAAAAUCUAUGAAGAAUCCAAUUGAGAUUGAAGGCAUGAGGCAAGCUCAUAUUAAAGAUGCCGUGGCACUUUGUGAGCUCUUUGUCUGGCUUGAGAAGGAGGUUCCAAAAGGCAACAUAACUGAGCUCGAUGCUUCAGAUAAAGCUGAAAAACUGCGUAGCCAGCAAGCCAAAUUUAUGGGUUUGAGCUUUUGCACCAUCUCCAGCAGCGGUCCAAACAGUGCAAUUAUUCUACAUUUUAGGCCUAUCCCAAGUACAAACAGAACUUUAUCAUUGAAUGAAAUCUUUCUUUUGGAUUCUGGUGCCCAGUACAGGGAUGGAACUACAGAUGUCACACGUACAGUUCACUUUGGCACUCCCACUGAAUUUGAGAAGGAGUGCUUUACUUACGUGUUAAAGGGACAUAUCUGUCUGGGUUCAGCAGUUUUUCCAAGCGGUACCAAAGGACACCUCAUUGACUCAUUUGCAAGAGCGUCUCUUUGGGAACAUGGUUUGGAUUAUCUUCAUGGCACAGGACAUGGAGUUGGAUCUUUCCUGAAUGUCCACGAAGGGCCUUGCGGUAUUAGUUAUAAAACGUUCGCUGAUGAACCUCUUGAGGCUGGAAUGAUUCUGAGUGACGAGCCUGGUUAUUAUGAAGAUGGUAGUUUUGGAAUACGGAUUGAAAGUAUAUUUCUUUUAGUUCCCGCACAAACCAAGUACCGGUUUCUGAACAGAGAGAGCCUGAGAUUUCAAGCAUUGACUCUCGUCCCAAUACAAAUCAAAAUGGUGAAUGUCAAGCAACUCACAGAAAAAGAGCGUGAGUGGCUUAACCAUUACCACCAGUUAUGCAGAGAGGUGAUUGGAGCAGAACUGAAGAAACAAGGAAAAAUGGAGACACUACAGUGGCUCAUGAAGGAAACCGAGCCAAUCAGCUGAUGGGCAGAAUGAAGUUUGUGAAAGGCCAUCUAUUAUCAUUCACACUCUUAUAACCCACCGUAAACAUACUCAGCAGAGUUGGCAAAAUCGAAGGUAGAUACUAAAUGCUGGGAACUCAGCUAUCAGGAGGCAUCUCCGGAGAAAAUAAAUAGGUGACGUUACUGGUCGAUACACUUCUUCAAUUUUAAUAAGGGUCUCGACCUGAAACAUCAUCAAUUCCUUCUCUACGGAGAUGCUGCCUGACUCGCUGAUUUACUCUGGCAUUUUGUGUCUAUCUUCACUAUAAACCAGCGUCUGCAGUUCCUUCCUAUACAGAGAACCCAACAUAUGUCAUAUAAUCUCAAACUAAGAUGAUGCCUCCUUCAAAGUUAUGAUGUGAUUCUUACAAAAAUAAAAUAUUUCAUGCUUCUAA